UUCGCGGCCGCGAAAGGGUGAGAGGGAAGCGAGGGAUCGCAUGAAUCCGGACGCGAAGCGGCGCGCGACGCGAUGAACGCGACGAGCCUGUAUGUGUCGACGUGUCGACUGGUGCUGCAGGCGGAUUCCGAGGAUCCCAAUUCCUGGACGGAUCUCUACAGAUUGGUACCGUAUCUGCGGCAGAGCCUCAGUUGCACCGUCUGCUCGAAUCUGCUGAUCGAACCGCACACGCCGACCGAGACCAACUGUCAGCAUCAUGUAUGCCGUGGCUGUCGCGGUGGCCGCAAGAAGUUGAAGCCGUCGUGUGGCUGGUGCAAGGACUAUGACAAAUACAUAGAGAACGUGCAACUGCGGAUAUUGUUGCAGUGUUACAAGAAGCUGUGCGAGUACCUAACCAGUACCGGGAUCUACCGCACUCUGUUGCUCACUGUUACGUCCGCGAACAACGCUACCACCAAUGGUGCACCGCCCACUAUUGAUGCUACCGUCAGUCUGAUGGAGAUUAUCCAGGAAGGUGCAGGGUUCAAGGAUGAGUUCAAGAGCAACGCCGGCCUGUCCAAGUCUGCAUACAGUAUCCUACCAUGCGUUUAUACCAGUACUACCUCCACUCAGACGCAGGCGAAUAAUAUCCAAACCACUGAAGCAAUAUCCCAGAACAUACCUGAAUCGCCAACGAUUCGUACAGUGUCGAAUGGAUCCUCCAUAUAUUCCGUGAUGUACGCUGGAUCUGGUAACAAAAUUACUAUAAAACGGAAAGCGGCAGCUAUAGAGGACACAGAAAAAACGGGACAACAGGAUACAGAUGGAAAUCAGCACGGCACUGUAGGAGGGGUAAAAUGCAUUCCGUCUUCCCACCUUAAAUAUGGGACCUCUUCUGAGAAAAAAUCUUCAAAGAGCAGCAAAUCGUCAGGCAGUUUUAAAAAGCCAAGGUCAAGUUCUACUAGAAGUAAAAGAAAAGGAUGCAGAUGCGGUAAUGCCACUGCAAUACCUGGGAAACUUACGUGUUGUGGUCAAAGAUGUCCUUGUUAUGUCGAAAGUAAACCUUGCGUGGAGUGUAGAUGUAGAGGUUGCAGAAAUCCUCAUACAGCAGAUGGAUUAAAGAUCCGUCCACAUAUACCUGAACUUCAUAAUUUACAAUUACAACUGUCCACUUCUUUGGAUUGCGACGCGCUAAGUGGAGAUCCUCUAGGAUCUGUGCCGCAAUGCCUCUCGACGUCUCCUACAACGAUACAAGUGUUAAAUGUAUAUUCUACUCCGAGACUAGACAUUGACAAUGUACCACAGAAUUUACCUGCUGCCUUGUUAGUGGGUGAAGAUGCUAUGGUAAGUACUGAAAGUGAAGCGGAAGAUAGUGAUAUACAAAUCGAUGUGUGACAAAGUAUUUAAAUGGACAUCGCGGAAGGCCGUACCGCAUCAGUGAUUAUCAAAGUGUGACGAAUGCGCGUCUCAAUGGAGAAAGAACGCGUCAUGUAAAUAGCUCAAUUAGAAUCAUUAAAAGGAAUAAUUACAAGAAUCAAAAACAUAAUUACGA